AGAAGACUGAAAAAGUCCGACCGCGCAGUAUUUAAGUUGCGCCAAAGUAAUGGCAACUGGCAGUUCGGGUGAUAGCUACUAUUGCCACUCUUGCGAGGCUGAGGUCGUCCCAAACUUGCAGGUUAUUUUAAAAUAACAUUCGUUAAUUAUUGUUCAGGACUUUACAUGCUCGGCGUGCCACUCAGGUUUCAUUGAAGCAAUCAGCCCAGGGUAAUUUACUUUCUGCUCCUUUCCUAUUGUUUUCAGAAGUGGUUUAUCAUCGAAUCAAACAGAAGUAUAUAUCUGUCAUUCUAACCUUUAUUUAUGACAGUUAGAUGCAAUGCAGAUGAUAGGUCAGCUAUUUGGAGGUUCUCUUAGCGACAAUAUUGUUCGCUAUUUUGCAGCACCUAGGGAUGACCUUAGUUCAACAGAUGAUGAGUCAUUAGAAAGGGAAAAUUUAGCUAGAAGGUCGCGACGAUCGACAAGAAGUUCAAACAAUAGGUCGACACGAGAACGUGUGUAUACUCGUGUUCCGGAUGGUCGUCAUGCUUUUUCUACUCGCAUCCAGUUAUCAAGUGUGGAUCAUCCAUUCAGAUUGCCAUUCUUAUCAAACUUUGCCUCAUCUGAUGGAGAUGUGCAAAAUUUUGUUUUUAAUAGAGCUAUGCUUGAUCAGUUUAUCACUGUGAUAAUGAAUGAGUUACAAGUGGGUCCACCACCUGCCCCAGAAUCAGCCAUUGCAGACUUACCUACAAAUGUUUUGACUGAAGAACAAGCAUUAAAGUUGGGUAUUUGUUCAAUAUGCUUUGAUGAUUUCAAAGAAUCCGAAUCAGUAAUCAGAUUACCAUGUGCUCACACCUACCAUCAAACUUGUGUUACAACAUGGUUAAAACAGGUUAGUAUUCUGUAUAUACUUUAUUUUUUUGUAACAGUAAAAGAAAAACCUAAUUUUUGAUCUAUUUUGAAUAUGCUGAACUCGGUUGAAUCGACUCUGGUCACAGGUUUGAACUUUGUUUUCUACCUAACAAAUAGUGAGCAACAGAGUGAGACCUUUGACGUCUUACUCGUAUAGUCUAUGGUCUGGUGUGUAAAUAUACAUGUGUUUGCUAAUUCUCACUUUCAUUUCAAGCUAAACAUAUAAUUUGUAAUCUAGUCAAUUUAAUUAUAGCCUUUAUUGUGACUUUAAUUGAUCCCAUGUAAAUCAUACUGCUUUUUACUUUCACUAAGUUGACCUUCCAAGUACGUUCUUGUGUAACGCUACUCAUGAAUCUUCACUGAAACUAAAGCGAUUGAACACCUACCUGGCUAUUUAUUAUUGAAUUUAGAGUCUUUAGAUUAUUGGUUCAAAUUUGUUCUCUGUUAUCAGAAUAGUUCAGUGAAAGCCUCGUUUUCCUUCACAUAAUAUGUUCAACUACAUGAAUAUGCUGCCAAGAUUUAUUCUAUAGGAUUAGUGUCGAAUAAAGUCAAUCUGAAUUUCGUUUUCUGUGUUGGUUACAUAUACAGUUUUAAUGGGGCAGCCUUAUCUAUCUUGGCAUUUACGUUCAUUAUUCAUUUUGACAUUGAAUCGUAUCUACAUCUAAAUUAUCACUUUUUAUAUAUUUUUUCUCCGAAUUGUAUUUAUAAAAAUACGUGAAUACAAAAUACUGACUUGUCUAUUGAGAAAUAACGAUAGUUGAUUGUCACUUCACUUUCACUUUUCUCAACUUACUGUAUUAAUUCGAAAUGUGACAACUUGGAUCUAAUGUCCUAAAUUCUGUGACAAUAACGAAAGCAAUUCUUUAUGUCCAUUGUACUUGCUUGCAGAUACCUCAACCAUUUAAGUUGAAAAAUUCCUACUGCACCUCAGUUAAUAUCCUGAACCUUAAUCAGCGGUCUGGUGAGAUCAGUGAAAUGACCAAUAUGUUUGAACUGAUAACUUACCCGCUCAAUCUACCCUAGAAUUAUAAUCGAUCAUGACUGGGGAAAUAACUCAAUCGAUUAUGAAGGAAUUAGAACUGUUCGGUUACGAAAUAUGCAACCAAGGUUGCGCAUUCGAGUAAUUACCAAAAAUAAUGACUACUUAUAGGUAAAAAUAUGACGGAAAGACAACCAAUCAUCUCAAAUCAUACCAUUAUUUCUCAAUAAAAUGAUGAAUUCAUGGAAUACAUUUAUCUAACAAAAUUGUUUUUGUUCUCUUGUAAUGUUGAGACUGUAUUUAUAGAAGUUUGUUGCUAAUAACUUUUUAAACUACGGGAUUCGGUUGUGGAUAGAAGAAAAGGAAUACAUGUUACGGGUGAUUGUUUAUUUCACAAAUAUACUCACGGACCAAUGAACUACAAUCAAGGCCUUAACGCUUACUGGUCCCGAAACCCUUCAUAUUCCGGUAGCCAAUCAAUGUAUGCAGAUUAAUCCUCUGUUGUACUUCGUUCAGUUGAUAACUCAAAAUUCAUACUACAAUAUAUACUUGAAAUGACUGACGUCACAGCACACCAAAUAAGAAAGUAUACUUAAGACACAAUCAUACCAUAAAUGGCAGCGGGUGAACCGGAUAGUGUAAAGUUAAUCAGCAAUAACUAAGGUAUAGUAGGACGUUUAGCAACAGUUAAUAGGUCCACUAAAGGCAUAGAAUGAGGGGAAUAUAGAAAUUCAGCAAUAAAUUUAUCUGCCGAUUAUACAGCAAAUUGUAGAUAAUAAUCAUAACCCGAUAGUUCCAACCUCUUCAAUAUUUUCUCGUUAUAACAAGAUAAAUUUGAUAGUCAAGAGUAGCCUCAUGACAUCAUUGGAUAUAUCAUCUGUAUUGAUUAAUACUCCACUACAAACACUCGAUUUUAUUUUCAGUGAACUUAUAAGGAGAUGUAUAGAUAUUGUAAUUUUUGUUUUUGUAAUAAAACAGUUGAUACUCAGGUUCAUGAUAAAUGCCAACUUCUAAUCCAACAAUGAGUACGUACUAAUGACAGUUAGAUCAUGCAGUCGUGUGAUCAAUAAUAGAUCUUCUUUCCGUCCUUUAUUAUUGUAAAGCUGGAGAAUAGACCGCUCAAAAACUUAAGCAAUCAACUAGAAUUUUCCUGUUCCCCAUAUAAAUAACCAUAACUAUUAUUAAUCACUUUAUUCGAUAUUAUAUUUUUGAUACAAUAUAGAAUUCUCAGCACAAAGUAUUUCGACAAGUUUCCUUUCCUUAUUUCUUCAUCUAUCCUAACGAUAAAUAUUGAGUUAUCACCAGUUAGAUGAUGUUAGCAGUUCAGGAAUCGAAAUCUGAACAAUGGUCAUUCUUUUCAAUGCGUACUGACAUCCAACACAAUGUCUCUGAUUGUACUUUUUUGUAAGUUGUACGGUGAAAGAUUGUAAACUUCCCAUAAACGCGUCUAAAUAGGUUAUGCGAUUAAGAGCCAUAAUGAUGUGUUAAGACAAACAAAAUAUAGGUAACUUGUUCAGAUAUGUUGAUGUCAGAAACAGGUAGCCCAGAUAUUCAAACAGGUCGCCAAAGUACUUUCAUGGUGCUGAAAAAAGACAAUUUGCUUAACAUUUUUAAAAACAUUCAAUUACAUUUGUUGUAGAAAAAGAACUGAGUUAAUAGCAUCUCAUUUUUGUAUGCAUUACUAACAAGAUUAGAUGAAAUUUUAAGAAUGGUUGUUUGCGUAUAGAAUCAUCGAUUGAACAAUACAUUCUGUUCGAUAUUUUUUAUUAUUUAAGUACAAGGGUAUCCUCACUCAAUGUGCUGUAGUAACUUGUUCCUAUUGAUACCGUCAAAGAUUAUUUAAGUAACAUCUGUAGCCAUUCUUAGUAAGUUUGGAUAUUAUCUCAAAUUCGUCCACACCUAAACUAGGUAACAAUGAUGUGCGAGAUGUUACUUUGUUAAAAUCACAGUUCAAAACGUUGCCUGUAAUAUAUUAACACGAAAGUUGAGGAAGACUGUUAACAAUAAUCAAACAAUCACUAAUAAGAAAUGUCUAAAUUUGCUGCGUCCAUGUGUGUGUAUCAUUUCUGGUUGUGAAGCCAGUUAUACAGAAAACAAAAUUCAGCAAAUUCAUCAUUGUAUCGCUGAACAUUAUCUGACAUGGGUUAAAAGAAAAACAAGAUCCAAUUUUCGCUCACUUGGUUGACAGCAGCAUGCUUAUUCAAAUACAACUCUUCGUGUUAUUCACCAUAUUCCAUCAUAUUUACCGCAUGAUUUACGGUUCUUACUUUGCAUACUGAUUUUAUUCGCUAACUUUUGUGUUCAAAAAAUGUUUGCACAAUCCUCCCUAAUUUGGCGAUCGACAAAAGUCAUAACAAAGCAGGUUGAAAAGAAACUUGGAUUCCCUUCACUUUUCUCAGUUGUUCUAAAUUCCACUUUUUAUUAAGACGUAAUCUUGACAUUCGUCUCUUUAAUUCUUACAUAACCAUUACUAAACUAAUUUGUUAUCAAGAUAUUUUUGCUAAUUUUCUUAUCAGGUGUUAUGUAACCCGUUGACCAUUGAACUUCAUGUUUCAAAUUUCUACAAGUAAAUACUUUGAUCAUUAUGGUUGUUUUUCCCUGUUCCUUCCAACUUCUUAGUCAUUCGAUAUUUUUAUAAUCAUGAGUGAAACUUAUUAUGUCAUAUAUAUAUUAGAGACUAAUGGAAAGAAAAUAUUUUUCCCCCUAUUCAUCACAUUGCUUUUGUUGCAAAACAAUAACAAAAAAUUCGUACUUUUCAAUUUCUGACUUUUUAGCAUGGAACUUGUCCAGUUUGUCGAAAGGAUUUAUCCGGACGUGAUACUUCACGAUACGAAGAUCCACCUCCAAACUUAACAGGAAAUAGUAAUGGUUCAAGCUCUUCCAAUUCCUAGUCUUCAUUAUUCUUUCGAUUUUUCUAAAAAAAAAUAUAAAACCGCAAAUUAUAUUCAUUAAAUUUGUCUAUUUUCACACAAACACUUCAAAAACAAUCCAGCUAAUAUAUAUAGUUAUCGAAGUGUGUCAGCGAGAUGCUGUAUAGUUUCAUCAUUUUCUCUUUUUUUUCUGUCUCUUCCCAUUGUGUAGCAUAUUUUUUCCUUGUGUAUGUAUGAUGAACCCAACCAGCCCUGUGUUAAUUUGUGUUUGACAAUUUUUCCCUGUUUCUUCUGAAAUCCAACUUUUCUAUCAAGAUUUUUUUUUACCAAGAUUGUUACAUUAUCUUACCCAAUUAAUUUCACACUGACUAUUAAAUGCGUCCAUCUUACUUUGUUUAUCACUAUUAUUAUUGUUCUUGUAUUCACUAGCUUCGUGAUAAGACUACUACUUGCUUUCUCAUCCCACUCCACCUUUUUGCAGAAAUAAAGUGAAUACUCAGAAGAGGGUUUUUCAUACUUCUCUACUUGUAUUGUAGCAAUUGUCAAUUAAUUAUCAAUCAAUAAAAACAAAAUGGCGAAACGAUAUUCCCUUUGGUUCAGUCUAAUUGUUUAUUCCGUCCGUUAUUCGAAUUCUCGCUUCAUUAUUUUAUCACUAUCAGUUACUUACUAUUCCGUAUAGAUAUACAGAUAAGUAUUAUUGAAAUUUCAGUUCAGUACCUAUGUCAUAUGAAGAAAACUUGAGUAUAUAUAAAACUAAUUAGCUUAUUAUAUGUUUUGUUGACAAUUUCAAUAUCUUUUUUACUUUAUCUAAGGUUUAUUUCGAUUCCUCGCUUCUCUAAACAAUCCGUAAAGGAGUUUAACAUUUAUCUGAUUACACUGUCCCAAAAUAAAUCAAUCUGACUGGACAUGUCGAUAAUUAAGGUUGGUAGAAAUAUUCCUGCACCCUUUCAAGUUUGACUUUCAGUCCUCAUUAUUGUAUUAGCGAAAUCCACUAACCAGUAUUGUUUCCUCACCAAUCAGCUUUAAUGUUACUAUAUUUGUUCUUUAUUUCCAUUAAAUGGACAAAAUCCAGUUUAACAAUGAAUGUGUAAAUUAUGUCUUUAAUAGAUUUGUCGUGACACGUGAACUUCAGUUACAUUCCAUUCUACUGUUUGUUGGGUUUCAAAUAUGUCAAGUGCACUGUUCUCCGGUACAACACAAUGAUCAGUCUACGUUCCUUUAUAUAACAUUUAAAGGGUCGAAUAGUUGGUCGAUCAUAUGAUCCCUUCUGAAUUAUUGGGAAACAUAACUCCUACUUAUACGCACGUUGGAAAUGUUAUAAAGACCAACCCUUAAAAUUGGGAACUAGUGUGGUACCUCGUGACAGUGUUGAUUAACAUUAGUACUUUCUAAUCAAUGGCAUAGCCCUUGACUUCUCAGACAUUUGUUAUUGCUAAGAGAAUAGCCACAUCACGAAUGCAGAUCUUAACGUAUAAACUAAGACUGACAAUUACUACUAAAUACUAGUUAGCAACAUGAUCUCCUUCCUGUGAUUCCCUUUGAGUAGUAGUAGUAAUAGUAGGUGUUACGGCUAAUUAUAUUCAAGUUGUUUGUUUUUGCCCUUGUAUACUAAAAUUCUUUUACAUAUUGUCCUCAGCAUAUAACGAGAGUUACAUAGUAUUGCAUUCAUGAGUUUUGGUUCCUCUUUUCUGGAAUAAUAAAUUUACUUAACUGAUGAGCAACUGAGUAUAUUCGACAAGCUACUGUUUUAUUGAAACAAAGCAAGAAGGAAAAUAUUAGCUGGAUACUUUUAACUCUUUGUAAUUCAUUGUUUUCUCUUCAUAUACAUAUAAGCUAAUGAGUUUGGUCAAUUCAGGUUAACAUUGCCUAAUAAAUGAAGUGUUAAUCAAUCAUAUGGUCUAAUUAUACUGGAGAGGUAUAUCAGUUAUUUCAUUGAAAAAACGUGAACCAGAUUGCCAAGUGAAAUAUUGGAUUUACUUCAAGUUCAUUCAAGUACAUUCUUCCUCUUUACAAUUAUUAAUUAUUUUGUACUCUGAGGAUUUUAAAAUUACUUGGGCAUAUUAAUUUUAUUCAUGGAGUUCUGCGGAGCGUGAUUCUGAAUAUUGUCCAUCGGUUAUUCACAUAUAGGUAAAACAGUCUUUUUGUAUAUAUUGUAAAUGAACGUUUCCUGUUACAGCAUAUCACUGGGUGGUGAUCAAUGUCAUGUGUCAAGUCCUUAUUAAUGCAGAUCGAGUGCUAUCGACCAGGUUGCAAUGUGAUCAGCAGUCUAGGUGACUCGACACUGCGUGCACUAUGUUGAGAUUAGAUGGUGGUUGGAGGGAGCAUCAGUUCGCUCAAGAUUACAGGUACACCUUGAUGACGAGUGCCGAGUAGCACGAAACCCGGAUCCAGGGUUUCCUGUCGACUAUCUCCAACCACUAUCUAAACUCUUCAAACGUACUGCACAUCCACAAUUUCACCAGGAGUCGGACGUUGGACCUUUAGAUUUCACAGCGAGUGCUUAACCUUUAGACCACUGGGCUGAUAUCCAACCAAACUUCCAUUAUCUUCAGUAACUGCCUUAUAUCUGACAGACUCCACUGAUUAACAGUUUCUCACUAUGAAUUCGCAAAUUACCUUUUAAAAUUAGUCAUUAGUGACCAUAUGAUAAUCUCCACAUAGCGCAAAUAAACUAUAAAAAAACUGAUUACACUAAAUUAAUAAUAAUUGACCAGUAUUAUUAUUAUUUUAAAGGUAAAUCUACUAAUCACUAUGGUCUGAUUAGUUAUGUGAUCAACCUAUAAGUUAUGUAAGUAUUGAUUCACAUAUAUUCUUUUAACCAGUCAAGUUACAAUCUAAAAAUAGUAGUGAUAUAUUAAUAAGACUUGUGAAAUUAACAAUAAUCAAUCAAUAAAAAUAAAUCUAUCAAAUUAAUAAAAAAAACUUCUUGGAAAAAAGGAUUAUUUCCGAAUUAAAGUCAAACUCGACAACUAACGCAUCUUGUAAUUUGCCAUAAAUACAACUACUCAACUUCAGCACAUGAUACCAUCGAAGAAACAUUUUCUUCAUUAAAUGGUUUUUGUUUAUAUAUAUAUAUAUAUAUCAAUAUAGAAAGGCAGAGUUUAGCGGAAAUAAAAAGAAAUGAACAUAAAGUGGACUCAUCAUUUUUAUCGUCAAGAGUACCGCAAAGUAGUUAGAACAAACUAAAUAUUUAAACUAAUUAUCAUCAGAGAUUAAGUUAUUUUGAACAUCAUGUUCAUUAUAGACUGAAGUCAUUUGGAAAUCUAUUAAAAAUGACUGAACGCAAAGUUCUAGACCAGACCACCUCAAUAUUUCAUAUCUGCGACAUCCUGUAAGAUAAAACUCAAGAUUAACUGAUCUUUUACAAACAAGAUACAUCGUUGGUUAGCCAAGUCAUCUAAUAAUCUAAGUUUUGAACUCAAUCUUUUAGUCAUAUAACACGAUUUUGAUGUAAUAUCACUAAUAAGCUAAUGCACCUUUAAUGAAGUGAACUACCCUUCAGAUCAUGGUGUCAUACAAAUAAAAUUAAUACGUUCGGACUCUCAUCGCUUAUGAGAAAUUCAGUAUUACUGUGUUAGUCACAUAGAGAUGUUUGUUUACAUCAAGAACUGUUGUGACUUGCUGAAUAACUAUCAUAAACCAUAGUCAACUAAACAGUUGUUUUGUUAUUAUUUGAGAUUCAUUUGCAUUGUGUAUUUAGUCAAAAGCUGUGAUUUAGAACCAUAUAUCGUAAAUUGAUUGGAUUUAAAAAUUUUACCUAUUGGGUUCCUAAACAUCUACUUCAUUAUUAAGUAUUCGUCAGUAAUAUUGAGUACGUUUGGAUUCAAUCAUAUGUCAGAUAAUGUGUGCAGCUUACUAAAAACUCUCAAAUUAAAUGAAUCAACUGUUAAGUGUUCACUGGUUUACAAUGGUCCUUCAGUUGAUAUCAGUCUGUGAUUAUAACUGUCUUCAAAUUAAAAGACUAAUAUGACGGGGAUCUUCAAACGAUUACCAGUGUGUUAGGAUAAGUUUCAAAUCAUUUCUGUCAUCUAGCUGUUAGUUAUGAAAGAACACAAGUAAAUUAUGUAAAAGAAUAUCCGUAAAACCCAAACUUGUUUGAUUACAUACUAUACAGAGAGAGAAAAGUGUCUCAACUUAUUUCUGGUAUUAAUAGAUCAUUUCUAAUCUGAUAAGAGUUUCGAUAACCCUACGUGAUUACUUUGGAAAUUAGACAGUUUUUUUUAAUAUUCAUCAGAGUUAUUAGAUUAGAAUCUUGAGUAGUUACACUCAUUAAUUGUUGCUCUGAUGAUUGUCAGCUGACUUCAUUUCAAAAUUCAUAUUUUAUAUGCUAUAUA